GCAGCCUCUGAGAUGUGUCAACGUGGUAACGUAGAGGGGUCUCCGCACAGCUGCUGACACAUCCCCCUCUGGAUCCACCACAUUACGAAUAAUGCAAACAUCUGGCUACGCCUCGGGUUUGCAGUCAGAAUCGAACUUUUAGCAGAAAGUCAGCUCCUACAUGAUGCUGAACAUGGAUCAUGUUGUGCUGGUGGGAUUUGGGCACUCGGGGGGAGGUAGACCAAGCAGGAAUGUUUCUACGUGGCAGUGGGAGGAGGAGGGACAAUCCACUCUCAGGAGGGGUUUAAUUAGGGACCGAGAGUAAACAGGUUUCAACUUCCCAGAGAGGUAUUUCAUGGAAUGACGACCUGGUUGGUCCUAAAAUCACAGCAAAUGGCCAAAUGAUCUCGCCUUCCAACCAAAAAGUGUAGAAACUUCUGCAUCACUUAUGAGGUCGUGUUAUAAGAGGCCUGGCCUCUGUCAGGUUUUUACGUGUACUGUAUAUGGACAGAGCAACAGCUGUGAUUUACUUGUGAGAUUCAGUGGGAGGAGCAGCUCCAGCAGCCCCCACCCGCCGGAGCUACUGAUCCUGCCCUGAGCCCGGGGGAGGGGAGGCUUUGUCCGGAUACGUGGUGGAACUUGAGGCGGUCCUUGAGACCCACGCACACGGACCGUCCCGGAUCAUCCCACCCAGCCCCUAUCCACCAUUUACCAAACUUAAAAAUGGCACCCUCCACUGCUUCCCAACUCUUUCCUGCGCUAUUAAUCGCGUUUUCCAUCUCCGUGGCGAACUCCCAGUAUGAAAAAUACAGCUUCAGGAGUUUCCCCAGGCAUGAGCUGAUGCCGCUGGAGUCCGCUUACAAAUACGCACUAGACCAGUACACCGGGGAGAAGUGGCAGGAUACGGUGGAGUACAUAGAGGUGUCCCUGCGGCUGUACCGGCUGCUGCGGGACAGCGAGGCCUUCUGCAACCUCAACUGCAGCUCCGUGAAGCUGGACGACGAGCAGAAGUUCGCGGAGUUCCCAGAGCUGCGGGCGUUCGGUAACGUCAUGAAGAGGGCGCAGUGCCUGAAGCGCUGCAAGCAGGGGCUGCCCGCGUUCAGACAGACCAUGCCCAGCCGGGACACCAUAGAUGAAUUCGAUAGGAGAGAGCCGUACAGGUACCUGCAGUAUGCCUACUUCAAGUCUGACAACCUGGCCAAGGCGGUGUCUGCUGCCCACACCUUCCUGCUGAAACACCCAGAUGAUGAAAUGAUGCAGAGGAACAUGGCCUACUACAAGAGUCUGCCCGGGGCUGAAGAACACCUCAAAGACCUGGAGACCAAAUCCUAUGAGACAUUGUUUGUUCGUGCAGUGAGGGCGUAUAAUGGGGAUAACUUCCGUACCUCAGUGUCAGACAUGGAGCUGGCUCUGAGGGACUUCUUCAAGGUCUACGACGAGUGUCUGGCUGCGUCCGAGGGCCCAAGGGACGUCAAAGACUUUAAAGACUUCUACCCCUCAAUAGCUGAUCACUACAUAGAAGUCCUUGAUAGGAAAGCCAGGUGUGAAAGCGACUUGACUCCUGUUGUAGGGGGAUUCAUUGUUGAGAAGUUUGUGGCUACCAUGUACCACUACCUGCAGUUUGCCUAUUACAAAUUGAAUGACCUGAAGAACGCAGUGCCAUGUGCAGCCAGCUACAUGCUGUUUGACCCCAGUGAUGAAGUUAUGAAAAACAAUGUGGCAUAUUACAAGUUUCACAAAAGCCGGUGGGGGCUGAUAGAUGAGGACUUCCUCCCCAGAUCGGAGGCAGUGCGGUACUACAAUCAGACCACCAUGCAGCUUCAGAUGCUGGAGUUCUCAAAACAGCGCCUGGUAAGCGAUGAUGAGGGGGAGGUGGUGGAGUUUAUAGAUGAGUUCCUGGACGAGGAUGAAUUGCCCACGUUGGAAACCCAGCCGAACCACUGAAAAACAAACACAAACAACAAAACAGCACCAGUUUGUAUUUAUUGGGUUUUGUAAGAGGCUCUGAUUGGUCACUGUGUUUUUACCCUGCAGCUCAACAUCCUGAAUGUAUCCCACUUUGUGCAUAAAAUAUCCAGUUCAGGUAUCGACAUUCAGAAUAGUAGCUAAAUGUUUUAAAUGCAAUGAUGAUAAUAGAGACAGAAAUAUUUUUACUCAAUGCUUUAUGAAUUCAUUCCUCCACUGUGAAUCAUGGAUGUUGUCUUUUUAAAAUGGCCCUUUUUAGAAUAAAAUAAUUUUUCUCAAGCAAUCCUUACAAUGUUGUUGUAAUACAGUUGCUGAUUUACUAUAACAUUAGACAAAGAAAGCUGCAAAACAUCACAAUUUAGAAAAGUGGAAUUGGGUAACGUUCAGUAUUUUGGCUUGAAAAAUGAAAACAGUCCCUUGAUUUUUUUGACUGGAGUCCCAAUAAAAAAAA